AACUUCAGCGGACUGGAGGUCAUCCACUCUCCCCAGGGAGGGAGGAAGUGAGGCUCAGCUCGCCCUAGCCAUGGCCGCGAUCCGAAAGAAGCUGGUGAUCGUGGGGGAUGGGGCCUGUGGGAAGACCUGCCUCCUCAUCGUCUUCAGCAAGGACCAAUUCCCAGAGGUCUACGUCCCUACUGUCUUCGAGAACUACAUCGCAGACAUAGAGGUGGACGGCAAGCAGGUGGAGCUGGCCCUGUGGGACACAGCCGGGCAGGAAGACUACGAUCGCCUGCGGCCUCUCUCCUAUCCGGACACUGACGUCAUCCUCAUGUGCUUCUCCAUUGACAGCCCCGACAGCCUGGAAAACAUUCCUGAGAAGUGGACCCCAGAGGUGAAGCACUUCUGUCCCAAUGUGCCCAUCAUCCUCGUGGGGAAUAAGAAGGACCUGAGGCAAGAUGAGCAUACCAGGAGAGAGCUGGCCAAGAUGAAGCAGGAGCCCGUUCGAUCUGAGGAAGGCCGGGACAUGGCGAAUCGCAUCAGUGCCUUUGGCUACCUCGAGUGCUCAGCCAAGACCAAGGACGGGGUGCGGGAGGUAUUUGAGAUGGCCACUCGGGCCGGCCUCCAGGUCCGCAAGAAUAAGCGCCGGAGGGGCUGCCCCAUUCUUUGAGACCCAGGGCUCCCCUCCUUCCCCAUCUCCCCUCCCUUCAUGGGGUGUAGGACCCCCCCCAGCCCCACCCUCUUAGGACUCCAUUCUCAGCUCCCUCCAGCCCAGGACUGCAGUGAGUUUCGCAAACCCCCACCCCUCCCUCCUUUCCUCCUUCCCAGCACUCUGGGCACCUAGGGCUAUGCCCUGCCCUCCUGGAACAGAGUUCAGAGUUCUGCUGCUGUCUGGGUCCAGGGGCUCAUCACACACCAGCACUUUAAACACUUCUGGCUCACAGGAGCGUGUCUUGGGUAGGGGACUUGGAGGGUGUAACCCAGAGUUCCAGGCCCCUGGUGUUUCUGCUUUGGGCAGGGGGCUUGUCUCUGGCUAUACUCCGUGGGGGGCAUGAAUAAAGGCCACAGGCUUCAACA